GCCGACUCAUGGCCGAGAAGUCUUUCGUGUUGAAAAUGGGAAAUGUGCUGUUACAAAUCGUCCAUGUUAAGAGUGCGUGUGGGGACAAUGGAUGAUGAAUAUGUUGAUUUGAUUAACAAGAAAGCUGCAACGGUUACUGAGAUUGCACUAGAAAAUGCCAAGAAUUAUUUGUUAGAUAUGCAUCUGCAAGCAAGAGAAAAUACAAAUCAGGAGGUGAAAGACAUUCAGUGGACUUCAAGUAAAGAUUUCACAAUAGACUUAGGAAUCAGGCAAAUUGAAGAGUAUAUUUUAACUUGGGAAAUGUCCAGCAGGUGGCUCCACUGUACUGACUUUAUUGAGGAGGAGGUCAUGGAGGGCAUCACGCGCUACCAUUACAGAGUGAAAUGGAGCAUUCCAACUCGACGAAAACCAGUGCCACGGUCAACUGCCUGUGUCUAUUUCAUAGUUGAUGUUUUUACAAACAAAUCACAGAAUAUGCCUAUUCAAGUAUGCUUUUUUGUGGAAUCAAAUCAACUUAUGCACAGGCCUGGCCAGUCAAGAUUUCGAGAAAAAUGGCUUACAGAUGUAAUUGAAAGCAAGAUCCAUUUAAUGCAAGAAAUCAUAUUUUGAAGAAAAGCUCUAAUGAGAACAAAGCACUAAGCCUGUUUUUACUGAAAUCUAAAGAUUCAAAUCUUCUCCUGCCCUCGUGCUUCCUCGUAUCUACCUCCCUCAUUUAUUUAAAACAGUGACAUCUGUAAUAUACUGUUUAAUUUGCAUAUUAUUAUUUAUAAGGGAAGAUGUUCUCAGACUUUUAAUUAGUAUUUGUGCAAAACAAUUAUGCAGUUCAAAUAUUUUUUAUUAGUAUUAAGGACAAUGAAAAGUAAAAGUAAACACAUGCAGAUGUAGGCUGGCCAUGAAGGCAAAAAUUUAACAGUUGAGUUCCAACCUGCAUUGCUGUCUUUGUGGAAGCUGUAUAUUUCCCUUUGCUCUCAUAGGUUUUUCUUCAGAUACUCAUUCUCAAAAAUGUGUAGGCUAUUACUGACUCUGAAAUGUCCCAAUGUAAAAAAGUCUUGAUAUGUCUGAUUUAUCUUUGAGCCUGACAUUAAUGUUACUAUUUUGUGCCACAGUCCUGCAGCACAAAAUGGGGAUACUGAAUUGAUGAAUAAAUGGAUGGCUAAAACAAAUGAGAUGAGGUAUCAAGUAUUCUGUGCAGAAACUGUCUUUAUCUUUUACAUUGAAAUUCUUUUCAAGCUGGCUUCGAGUUUGUAACCCAUAUAUGUACCUCACAGAAAAAAAAAAAUGUAAAAAUGAAGCUAUUUGGUAAGUGAUGCUACUUUUAACUCAUAAGUGAACAAUAUCCAUCCAUCCUCCAACCUGCUGAAUCUGAACACAGGGUCACAGGGGUCUGCUGGAGCCAAUCCCAGCCA